AUGACUAUUGAAGGCGUCGGCCAAAACUCAACGUACACUAGGGGCGUUACCACCCUUAACCUGCAUUCGAGGAUUGAUGAAGGGGUCGACAUUAGUUUCAACGCGUACAUUUUGAAUUCGAUCACUUCAUCGACACCAGCGAUUCCUGUAAACACAGCCGCCUAUGAGUACUUAAGUGGUCUACAACUGGCUGUCCCUACAUUUGGUUUACCGGGGUGCAUCGAUUUGCUUAUCGGUGCUGAUAUUUGGAGCACCAUCCUCCAAGAUGGAGUGGUAUCAGGAGGCUGUGAUAAACCAUGUGCAUUGCGUACUCGACCCGGGUGGAUUCUUCGAAAAUUUUGGGAUGCGGAAGAACCGCCUGAAGGCAGCUAUGUGGAGGACUGCGAGCAAAUAUUCAUGGACACGUUUUCGAGGAAUCCCGAUGGUCGAUAUGUCGUACAAAUUUUAUUCCGAUUCAACGCUCCGGCACUUGGAAAUUCCCAUCGUGGUGCACUUCGUCAAUUCUUUCAUUUAGAGCGAAAACUGGCUGGAGAUGCGGAUCUUCGUAACAGGUAUAUCCAGUUUAUGCGGGAGUAUGAGCAGCUUGGUCAUAUGCAGCACCUCCGAGAGACAGAAGUUAACUACGGCCAAUGCUACUAUAUCCCACAUCAUGCUGUGACUGCGAAAUUCCGCGUGGUGUUUAAUGCCUCGGCUAAAUCGAGCAAUGACAUAUCAUUGAACGACACGCAACUUGUUGGUCCCCAAUUGCAGGACAAUCUCGUCCACAUCCUCCACAGAUUUCGACGGUUUCAAGUUGCCAUUAAGGCGGACGUGGAGAAGAUGUUCCGUCAGGUCGAGGUGGAUAAAAGGCAUCGCAAAUGGCAGCAGAUUCUCUGGCGGGAGUCAACAAGCGAACCGAUCCGCACCUACCAAUUAAAUACGGUCACCUACGGUAUGGCUUGUGGACCGUACAACGCUAUUCGCGCAUUACGACAGUGCGCCAGUGAUAACUUUUCAGUUAUCCACAAUGUUAACCGGGCAGCUGAGGCCAAGGAGAGCAUCCUCUCAAACUUUUACGUCGAUGAUUACUUGGAUAGUGUAGAUACUACUACAGAGGCAAUCGAGCGUGCUCGUUAA